AUGGUAGCCACCAACUCGACCGUGCACGAAGUGACUGUGACAGCACCCGUCAACAUCGCCGUCAUCAAAUACUGGGGCAAGCGAGACACUGCUCUCAUCCUCCCAACAAACUCGUCAUUGUCCGUCACCCUCAACCAGGACCAUCUGCACUCAAAGACCACCGUACGAGCUGAUCCCUCCUUCACAUCCGAUACCCUCUGGCUCAAUGGAAAGGGUGAAGACGUUUCGGCUUCCAAACGUCUAAAAAAUGUCGUGUUGGAAACCAAGCGACUACGCAAAGAGAUGGAGGAUCUAGCUGCCAAACAGGGAAAGCCACUACCACCAUUGUCUUCGUAUGGACUCCACAUAGCAUCAAACAACAACUUCCCAACUGCUGCUGGUCUGGCUUCAUCGGCUUCAGGAUUCGCUGCCUUGACGUUUGCCCUGUCGCAACUGUAUGAGCUGCUAAUGAAUGCUAGUGAGGUGUCACGUCUUGCCAGAGUAGGCUCUGGAUCUGCAUGUCGCUCGCUCUUUGGUGGGUUUGUCGCUUGGGAAAUGGGUAUAGAUGCGACUGGUGUCGACUCGCUGGCCGUCCAGGUCGCUCCUGAAACCCACUGGCCCGAUAUGGAAGCACUGAUAUUUGUAGUAUCGGAUGCCAAGAAGGCUACAUCGUCUACCGAAGGAAUGCAAACGACCGUCGAAACCAGUGACUUGCUACAACACCGCAUCGAUAAAUGUGUGCCAGAACGUAUGCAGGCCAUGAUCACAGCAAUCAAAGCCAAGGACUUUGAUAGCUUCGCUGAAAUCACCAUGAAGGACUCCAACCAAUUCCACUCUGUAUGUCUCGACACGUACCCACCCAUCUUCUACCUCAAUGAUACCUCCCGUGGUAUAAUCCAUCUCCUCACACAAUAUAAUAGCAUGUCUAUCGCUGCUGGAAAGGGAUACAAAUGUGCUUAUACAUUCGACGCUGGUCCAAACGCUGUCGUAUACUUGCCCAAGGGAAACGUCGCUGAGGUACUUGCAUUGGUCGAACACUACUUUGCUCCACCUGCUAAUGUGGAUGUGAAUGACUACUAUGGUCGUGCAUUGGAUAUAAAGAGACCGGAUAGUAUCGAGCAUGUCACAAAGGGUAUUAGGAUGGCGAGUUAUGAAGCUGGGUCUUUGAAGAGGGUUAUUUAUACCUCUGUUGGUGAUGGUCCUCGUGUACUUGCUGCUGGAUAUGAUGCUGCUAUAUCUCUCUUGAAAGCUGAUGGUCAUCCUCUUCAUACCGUAUAA